AUGAGUAAAAAGGACUCAUGCAAUAUGUUUGUGGAGAUGGAGAAGGUGGAUGGGGAGAUGGAUGUCCAGAUAAAGAAAAAGAAACAAGUGAAAAAGGAGAGGCUGGAGAACAUGAAAAGGGAAAUGGACAUUGAUGACCAUGAGAUUACCAUAGAGGAACUUGAAAUGAAAUACACAACUAGUGUUACAAAGGGUCUGAACACCACCUUUGCAGAACAAGUCCUGGAAAGGGAUGGACCAAAUGAGCUAAAGCCUCCCAAGGGCACCCCUGAAUAUGUGAAAUUUGCCAGGCAGCUGGCAGGAGGGCUGCAGUGCCUGAUGUGGGUGGCAGCAGUCAUCUGCUUCAUAGCCUUUGGCAUUGAGUAUGCCAAGGGAGACCUGUCCAGUGAUGACAAUCUGUACCUGGCAAUCACUCUGAUUGCUGUGGUGGUUGUGACAGGAUGUUUUGGCUAUUACCAGGAGUUCAAGAGCACCAAUAUAAUUGCCAGCUUCAAAAAUUUGGUACCACAGCAAGCCAUAGUAAUCAGGAAUGGGCAGAAGAACCAGAUCAAUGCCAACAUGUUGGUAGUGGGUGAUUUGGUGGAGAUUAAGGGUGGAGACCGUGUGCCGGCUGACAUCCGUAUCAUCACAGCUCAGGGUUGCAAGGUAGACAAUUCUUCUCUUACAGGGGAGUCUGAACCACAAAACAGGACUCCUGAGUGCACCCAUGAGAACCCUUUGGAGACACGUAAUAUUGCCUUCUUCUCUACAACCUGCCUUGAGGGAGUAGCUACAGGCAUUGUUAUCAAUACAGGUGACCGCACAAUUAUUGGCCGCAUUGCCAGUCUCGCUUCUGGGGUGGGGAAUGAGAAAACCCCAAUAGCCAUUGAAAUUGAACACUUUGUGGACAUUAUUGCUGGGCUAGCCAUCUUCUUUGGCUUCACUUUCUUCGUGGUGGCCAUGUUCAUUGGUUAUGCCUUCCUGGAGGCCAUGAUCUUCUUCAUGGCCAUUGUUGUAGCCUAUGUUCCAGAGGGACUUCUUGCCACUGUUACUGUGUGUCUGUCCUUGACAGCUAAGCGACUUGCAAGUAAGAACUGUGUUGUGAAGAAUUUGGAGGCUGUAGAGACCUUAGGUUCUACUUCAGUUAUCUGCUCUGAUAAGACGGGCACACUGACCCAGAACCGUAUGACGGUGGCUCAUCUGUGGUUUGACAACCAGAUCCAUGCUGCUGAUACCACUGAAGACCAGUCAGGUCAAAGUUUUGACCAGUCAUCAGAAACAUGGCGAGCUCUUGCAAGGGUUGCAGGACUCUGUAACAGAGCUACAUUCAAACCUAAUCAGGAGACUGUGCCCAUCCCCAAGAGAGAAGUGGUGGGUGAUGCUUCUGAGACUGCCCUACUGAAAUUCACAGAGCUAACCAUCGGAAACAUCCUGGAGUAUAGAAAUCGAUUCAACAAAGUCUGUGAAAUUCCAUUCAACUCCACAAACAAGUUCCAGUUGUCAAUACAUGAAUUAGAAGACCCAUUAGAUUUGCGCUACCUGUUGGUGAUGAAGGGAGCACCAGAGAGGAUCCUGGAGCGUUGCGCCACCAUACUUAUUAAGGGUCAGGAACUUCCCCUGGAUGAGCAGUGGAAGGAAGCCUUCCAGACAGCUUAUAUGGAUUUAGGAAGCCUUGGGGAGAGAGUGCUUGGCUUCUGCCACAUAUACCUGAAUGAGAAGGAGUUUCCCAGAGGCUUCCGCUUUGACACUGAUCAGAUGAAUUUCCCCACGUCGGGUUUGUGUUUUGCUGGCCUCGUCUCCAUGAUCGACCCACCACGUGCCACCGUUCCCGACGCUGUCAAGAAGUGCCGUACAGCUGGCAUCCGGGUUGUCAUGGUGACCGGUGAUCAUCCAAUUACAGCAAAGGCUAUUGCAGCAAAUGUGGGUAUCAUCUCAGAGGGCAGUGAGACGGUGGAGGACAUUGCCCACAGACUACGCAUUCCUGUGGAGCAGGUUAACAGGAGGGAUGCACGUGCCUGUGUCAUCAAUGGUGGGCAGCUGAAAGAAAUGUCCAGUGAUGAGCUGGACGAGGCCUUAAAGUGCCACCCAGAGAUGGUGUUUGCCCGUACCUCACCUCAACAAAAGCUCAUUAUUGUGGAGAGCUGCCAGCGAUUGGGAUCCAUUGUGGCUGUGACAGGGGAUGGAGUGAAUGAUUCCCCGGCCCUGAAGAAGGCUGACAUUGGCAUUGCUAUGGGGAUAGCUGGGUCUGACGCUGCAAAAAAUGCCGCCGAUAUGAUUCUGCUUGAUGACAAUUUUGCUUCCAUUGUGACUGGGGUAGAACAGGGUCGCCUGAUUUUCGACAAUCUAAAGAAAUCCAUUGCCUACACUUUGACCAAAAAUAUCCCGGAGCUCACACCCUACCUUAUUUAUAUCACUGUCAGUGUGCCUCUUCCCUUGGGCUGCAUCACCAUUCUCUUCAUUGAACUGGCCACCGAUAUUUUUCCCUCUGUAUCUCUAGCAUAUGAGAGGGCAGAGAGUGAUAUAAUGCACCUGAAACCUAGAAAUCCACGCCGGGACAGACUGGUCAAUGAAGCUUUGGCUGUCUACUCUUACUUCCAGAUCGGUGCAAUCCAGUCAUUUGCUGGCUUUACAGAUUACUUUACAGCCAUGGCGCAAGAGGGCUGGUAUCCCCUGCUUUGCGUGGGGCUAAGAUCUUACUGGGAGAAUACUCACCUUCAGGACUUACAGGACAGCUAUGGUCAGGAGUGGACAUAUGGCCAACGCAUGUACCAGGAGUACACUUGCUACACUGUCUUCUUUGUCAGCAUUGAAAUCUGUCAGAUUGCUGAUGUCUUAAUUAGAAAGACUCGUCGGCUGUCUGUCUUCCAGCAGGGCUUCUUCAGAAACAAGGUGCUAGUUGCUGCCAUAAUCUUCCAGCUCUGUUUGGGAAACCUGUUGUGCUACUGCCCUGGAAUGCCUAAUAUUUUUAACUUCAUGCCCAUUCGAGUUCAGUGGUGGUUUGUUCCAUUACCUUAUGGAAUUCUGAUCUUCAUCUAUGAUGAGAUUCGUAAACUAGGUGUGAGAAGAUAUCCAGGGAGCUGGUGGGACCAGGAGUUGUACUACUGA